GCGCCGCUCAACGCCUCCGAGCCCGCGCCGGGCGGCGGGGAGGGCGCGCCCCCCCGGCCCUCGUGGCUGGCCUCCGCGCUAGCCUUCGUCCUCAUCGUCACCAUCGUGGUGGACGUCCUGGGCAACCUCUUGGUCAUCCUGUCGGUGUACCGGAACAAGAAGCUGCGGAACGCAGGAAAUAUAUUUGUGGUAAACCUUGCAGUGGCAGACCUGGUAGUGGCCGUCUAUCCCUACCCCUUGGUGCUGACAUCUAUAUUUAACGACGGAUGGAACCUGGGCUACCUGCACUGCCAAAUCAGCGCUUUCGUGAUGGGCCUGAGUGUCAUCAGCUCAGUAUUUAAUAUCACUGGGAUUGCCAUUAACCGCUACUGCUACAUCUGCCACAGACUGAAGUACGACAAGCUGUACAGUAACAAGAAUUCCCUCUGCUACGUGUUCCUCAUAUGGACGUUGACCCUCGUGGCAAUCAUGCCCAACUUUCACAUUGGGACACUCCAGUACGACUCAAGGAUCUACUCCUGUACGUUCGCACAGUCAGUCAGUUCGGCGUACACGAUCACAGUGGUGGUUUUCCAUUUCAUUGUCCCUAUGGUCAUUGUCAUCUUCUGCUACCUGAGAAUAUGGGUCCUGGUGCUUCAAGUCCGACGGAGGGUGAAACCCGACAACAAGCCCAAACUGAAGCCCCAGGACUUCAGGAAUUUUGUCACCAUGUUUGUGGUUUUUGUCCUUUUUGCCAUUUGCUGGGCUCCUCUCAACUUUAUUGGUCUUGCGGUGGCCUCAGACCCUGCCAGCAUGGCGCCCAGCAUCCCAGAGUGGCUGUUUGUGGCCAGUUACUACAUGGCGUAUUUCAACAGUUGCCUCAAUGCGAUCAUCUAUGGACUACUAAACCAAAACUUUAGGAGGGAAUAUAAAAGAAUUAUAGUCUCAUUGUGCACAGCCAGGAUGUUCUUUGUAGAUAGCUCUAAUGAUGUACCGGAAAGGGUUAAUUGCAAGCCUUCUCCAUUAGUAGCCAAUAAUAGCCCACUGAAGGUGGCUUCUGUUUAG